AUCAAUUUUCCUGGAAAUAAUUUUACCCUCUGUUACAUAGCAAACGUGCCCUCUAGAAUUAAGAAGAAGACGGUUUGAAGUCGCGUCCAUGAAAGAGAGGAGAGAGAAAGACACGGGAAUUCAAACGUGAACCCUUUUUAUGCCACUUGCACGGUGAUUUGUGCAUAAGACCCUGGAAGCUGGUCCUUUGGGCUUCUCAUAGAGCCAUCAUUUGAAUUAAAAAAAAAAAAAGUGAAAAUAGUUUAAACAACAGUGAAGAGUCCACCUACGACAGAAGCACAUCUCCGAAUCCUGCAACGAAAAUGAUCUCAUCAUCAGCUCUUAAGAAAAUGGCUGCCUCUAUGGUGAUAUCGAAUUCUUCUGCCAUUAAACAAGGGAUUUCUCUCUUUUGUCCUCAAUCUCCAUUUGUUAAACAAUCUUCUUGUCGCUCUGGGAUGAGCUUCUCAAGCUUUAGGAGGAGAACCAUUGUCACUGCUUCUUCUGCUGCAUUUGCCAACGAGAAUAGAGAAUUUGUCAUAGUUGGGGGUGGCAAUGCUGCUGGUUAUGCUGCACGAACCUUUGUAGAGCAUGGACUUGCAGAUGGGAGGUUAUGUAUUGUAUCAAAGGAGGCCGUUGCACCCUAUGAGCGCCCAGCUUUGACCAAAGCUUAUUUGUUUCCUCUAGAUAAGAAACCUGCGCGACUUCCAGGUUUCCACACAUGUGUUGGAUCUGGUGGCGAAAGGCAAACACCAGAGUGGUAUGAGAAGCAAGGAAUUGAGGUUUUGUAUGAAGAUCCGGUGACAACAUUGGAUACUGAAGCACAAACUUUGACAACUGCAUCUGGAAAACUUCUUAAGUAUGGGUCACUUAUAAUUGCCACAGGAUGUACUGCUGCAAGAUUACCUGAGGGCAUUGGAGGAAACUUGCCUGGCGUCCACUACAUCCGUGAUGUUGCUGAUGCUGAUAUGCUGAUUUCUUCAUUAAAGAAAGCUAAAAAGGUAGUUGUUAUCGGUGGUGGAUAUAUUGGUAUGGAGGUUGCUGCAGCAACUGUUGGUUGGAAUCUGGAUACAACGGUCAUAUUUCCAGACGAUCACUUGAUGCCAAGGUUGUUUACAGCUUCCCUAGCUAGGAGAUAUGAAGACUUCUAUCAAGAGAAUGGUGUGAAAUUUUUGAAGGGUAUGAUGGUUGACAAAUUGGAAGCUGGUAGUGAUGGACGAGUUGCUGUUGUGAGGUUAAAGAACGGAUCUCUUGUGGAAGCAGACACGGUUAUUGUAGGGAUUGGAGCAAAGCCGGCUAUUGGUCCUUUUGAAACAUUAGGAUUGAACAAUUCCGUUGGUGGUAUUCAGGUAGAUAGUCAAUUCAGAACUAGCAUUCCUGGUAUUCUUUCUAUUGGGGAUGUAGCAGCAUUUCCUUUGAAGAUAUAUGACCGAAUUGUACGUGUGGAGCAUGUAGAUCAUGCUCGGAAGUCUGCUCAACAUUGUGUUAAAGCACUAUUGAGCAUACACACUCAGCCAUAUGAUUACCUACCAUACUUCUACUCUAGGGUAUUUGAGUAUGAAGGUAGCUCAAGAAAAGUUUGGUGGCAAUUCUUUGGAGAUAAUGUUGGAGAGACAAUAGAGGUCGGAGGCUUUGAUCCUAAGAUUGCUACAUUCUGGCUUGACUCUGGAAGAUUAAAAGGAGUGUUCCUUGAGAGUGGCAGCCCUGAGGAAUUUGAGUUUCUUCCUAAACUAGCAAGAAGCCAGCCAGUUAUUGACAAAGCCAAGCUUCAAAGUGCAACCUCUGUGGAGGCUGCUCUUGAGGUUGCAAAAAUUUCCCUUCUCGGCAAAGACGAAAGCCCAGAUGACUAGUCUAUCAGGUUUGAGCCUGCACCUUCCUAAUCUUAUCAAUAAUCUCUUCGAGCUUCGAGAUUCACAUCCAUAUAUGUAGAGUUUAUUACUUGUCUAUUGAUCUUUUCAGUAAAAAGUGAUCUUUGUAUGCAUGCUUUUAGUGUGAUAUCUCACUAGAAGUUUGAAUGUGUACUCUAAAUAGUGCUGGAAACAGCAAGGUGUUCUGGUAACCUUCUGAAAAUGCCGGGUUGGUCUGUUUCAUAAUAAAAAUUGGAUAUUGUGUUCCUCACGACUAUGGGAAUUUGCGGUCAUAAGGGUUAUCACCAUCCAGCCAAUAGUUGAAGAGUGUUGGAGACUGAGUGAUCGUAGAUAUCUCUCCAGCAAUGGGAUCCGCUUCCAUCUUCUUGCCAUUGUUAAUUGGAUAGUGAUGAUCGUCGUGAAUGGAUUCUCCAUGAUCAUAAGGAUUAUAGAAUACCCCGAAAGAAACAUUUAAAAGGUCAUGGACACCAUAGAGAAUAACAUACAAGAAAAUUAUCGUUGUAUGUAUUGUUUUGUAAAUGGCCAUGCCCUGCUAUUGUCUCUUGUCUAUUACGGAUCAGAAUAUACCAUAUUUCAAGUGCAGCCAAUGCUCUAUUUCAAGUCUAAGGUAUUAACUGAGCAUUUUGACUUU